CACACACACACACACACACACACACACACACACACACUUCCUCUUCCGUCCCUGCCACAGCUCACUGUAACAGAUAGCAGUUAUUAACACAAAUCCCCACAGGUGUAUAAACCUUACCACUCACUGCCCUCUAUUCACAAACCAGCACUCGACCACGGCCACACUUCCACACACUCACAGUGGUUUUGUGUUGUUUGCCAUCCGUUGUUUUGCAGAAUUUCUUCUGUUAGACUGAAAAUAAGAUGUUUUGUUCAUCUGAUCUUGCUCUCUUUUCCAUGAGGCUGAUGAUGAUGGUUCUUUCCUUAAUGAUGGUUCUGCUGAAUUAUUCUCCCUCUGUGCCCAUGCUCGUUCAUCCUUUUUUAAGUCGUAUCUGUAUCAUUGAUGUCUGACACAAGCCUUGCUUCUGUUUCUUUCUUGUUUUUCAUGAUUUUAUUCACAAUAAUCCUGCUUUCGGUUUCUGCCUGUUUAUUGUCUGUUUUCAUUCACAGUCCCAUAGAUUUGAUCUAAAACGUUAUCAUAACGUUUUAUAAAAAACUUGUGGAGUCCAUGCCAACUCGAGUGCAAACUGUCAUUAAAGCAAAAGGGGGAAGACCCAAAUCCUCUUAUAUUUAAAUACAUAUUUAAAAUUAUAUUUGGUGUCAAUAUUAAUACUUACAAUAAAAAGUCUUGUAUUAUUGUUGUAUUAACUGAAUCUAUUAAUUAAUUAAUUCCGGAAGCAAUUUCAUAUUUGUGUUGAUUAGUGAAAUAGAGUGAUAAUUAGAGCUUAAAACAGUUUAUUUGUUUUUUGGUUUAUGAAAGUGGAAUUCAUGUGUGGUGGUAAAUUCACUAUUUAAUAAUAAUAUAUUUAAUUAUAUAAUAAUACUAACUAUUUAAUGUUAAUAAUAUUAUUAUUGUUCUGUGUGAUUUGUAUCUUGAAGGAGUUUUAGUUGACAGAAUGACAGGAAAGUAGAUAAAAACUCUAUUAAAUCCCAUUCUGACACUAAAGUAAAGAAAUACAGCCAUUUACAGAAAGGUGUCUCUGAUUUAUCCCAAUAAUAAAGAUUCAAAUAAAAAAAAAGCCAAAUGUAAUAAUUAAAAGAGGGGCAGAAAUAACAGUUAUAAACUGCAUUCAAUUGUCGAUGAAAGACAGAACAAAAGCAUUAAUUAUGACCAUGAACUGCUUUCCUCACUCUGGUCAUGGAACUCUCUAGAUUGUCCAAAGAACAUCUCAGUGUCCAUCAGUCCCUCUGGUGAGAUAGCGGAGGACAGUUCAGUGACUCUGACCUGUAGCAGUGAUGCUAACCCACCUGUACAGAACUACACCUGGUUUAAGGGGAAGACAUCAGUAGGAAAUGAAAAGACCUACAGCAUCUCCAAGAUCAGCUCUGAGGACAGUGGAGAGUACAAAUGCAAGUGCAGUAAUGAAGUCGGACAUCAGGACUCCAACAGUGUGACUCUGAAUGUUCUGUAUCCUCCAAAUAACGUCUCAAUGUCCAUCAGUCCCUCUGGUGAGAUAGUGGAAGACAGUUCAGUGACUCUGACCUGUAGCAGUGAUGCUAACCCACCUGUACAGAACUACACCUGGUUUAAGGAGAAAGAAUCAUCACCUGUAGGAUCUGGACAGAGUUACAGAGCUGUACAGAGUGGACAGUAUUACUGUGAGGCUCAGAAUAAACACGGCUCUGAGAGAUCAGCUGCAGUGUCUGUCACUAUUAAUGGUACUGUGAUUGUGUAUGUGGCUGUUGGACUGGGCCUUUUUGGGCUUGCAGCUCUUCUCUCUGCACUCUUCUGGCUGAGAAGCAAGAGACAGAAGACGAAGGUAGUUGAAGGUGACAAUCAGAACACUGGGCCGAGUGCUAAAGACGACACGUAUGCAGCUCUAGACUCCACAGGCCGGGCAGCUGAUGAUGUGUAUCACACACUUGCAAUUUCUCAUCCCAGUCCUCCUGCUGACUCGCCCACAUCCUCUGACUAUGAGAAUAUUGCAGUGAGUUUAAGCAUUUUGAUCCCAAAACCACCACUAGAUUAAAUACUAAUUUACUAAUAAGUGUUUUAUAUGAAAAUGUGCUACAAUACAAUGAGGCCGACUCUGUGAGAAUCCUGAGACAUCUAGAGAUCUACCAGCUCCAGUUAGACUCUGUGAUACUAAAGAGGAGAUGUGAACUCCAUGUGAUC